AUGCUAUAUUUCUUUAUUUCAUUUAUUUUAUUAAUAAAUUUAAAUAUUUAUGUUUGUCAAAACAAUUCAUCCGAAACAACAACAAUAAUAUCAACAACACAAACAACACCCAAAACAACAACAACAACAUCCCAACCAAAACAAUCAACUUUAUCUUCAACAACAUCAACACAACUUGUGCUUAAAGUUGGAAUAUUGGGGGCAAAUUCUAGUGAAUUAAGAUCUGCUUAUGGUUUUGGACAAAGUGUUCCAGCAAUUUCCAUUGCUAUACAAAGGGCUAGAAAUGAACAUUUAAUUGAUUUUGUUAAUUUUACAUUUACUUGGUUAAUUUGUGAUUGUGAUCAAGUACUUGCUGUUGGAUAUUCUAAUAAAUUAAUUCUUGACCAAGAUGUUGAUGUUAUUAUUGGGCCUCCUUGUGUUACAGCCUCGCUCAAGCAGUCGAAUCUGUUCUUAUGCAAUUUCAAUGGUCUGAAGUAUCUCUCGUUUAUAUUCCUGACAAUAGUUGGAUAUUACUUCCCGCAAGAUUUUGAAAGUAUAGUAAAUUCAAAUCCAAAUUUAACAAUUGUAUAUAAUCAACAAAUGUUAGCAACACCUGAAAAUAUGAGAAGCACACUUUUACAAUUGGGGAAUCGUUCAAGAAUCGUAGUAGCCAAUAUAGAUAAUAUUACAACAAGACGUGAUUUUUUGUUAGCAAUAACUGAUACUGGAAUAGCUCAGAGUAAUGAAUUUGUGUUUAUUUUUGCACAAUUAAGAAAUCUUGGAAUGUUACAACAAAUAAGUACUGGCACAAAUGUAUCAAAAUAUAAUAAUUUUUGGAUGACAACGAAUGGAGUUGAUGAUGGACGUGAUGGAGAUGCUUUGAAGGCUGCAAGAAGGACAAUUAUUAUUGAUUUAGAAAAUGAAUCCAAUUCUCAAAUUGAUGCUUUUAUGGCACAAAUGACAUCUGAAUUUGGGAAGCCGCCCUUUAACUGUAUAAAUGAAUGCAUGGGUGGACCUAAUGAUCAAAUUGUUUAG